AUGGCAGGUGAGAGCAUCAGGGGCAUCCACUCCCAACAAGAUCAGGAUCUUGGCUUCUGCGUCCAGAGUGGGAAAGUGAUCAGCCCUGUGCCUCAGCCAGUUUUCAACCACACGCAAAAAAAGAGAUACACCCUGGUCAUGAAUGAAAAUGAAACUCAAGAGGACUCCUACAAACAUCCAGCCUGCAUCUGCUGCAGAAAGAAGAAUUCCAUCCUGCUGCGGAAGAGAGCAGAGCACAGUUCCAGCACGGUCAACAAUGAGAUAAUCCAGCAGAUCGUCAAACACGACCAAGACAUGGCGCAUAACAUCCAGGACCUCCAGCCCAUGACCGUUGGCCGGGAGCUGAGCGGCAAACCGCUUAUCUGGGAGCCCCUCGUCCAUGCACCGCUGCAGACGGCAGCCGCCACCACCAGUGUGGCCAUUGCAUUGACCCACCAGCAAAGUCUGGCGACCCACAUCUUCCUUCCCCCUUCGUCCAUCUCCAGCCCUCUCUCUCCCGACUCAGCGGCUCUCCUGCGCCAUCCCCGCCGCUCCCAACCCAGCUUGGGGGGCUCCCGGCCGUCCUCCGUCAGCUCCCCUGCCUCGGGGACGCAGUCCCACCUGCAGACACCUGCGGCCGGCUCCCCGUGUUCUCCUGUGGUUCAGUGCAUGUUCCCUUUGGAGAGUACGGUGGGCAAAGGACAAGUCCUUUCGCGGCCUGUUCAGAAGGGGGACCCCAUCCCUGGGAUGAGCCAGCCUAAGCUAUCCAAAACUCGGGGUACGUCGGUCUCCACGUCUCUCUUGCAGCAGGCAGCCCACAGCGCGUCCGUCCCGCCAGGGCAAACUCUCCACUACAGUCUCUCUCGGGCCACGGGGUCCCAUAUUUCCCUCUUCUUGCAGCCUCAGCAGAUGGUCAAACACCGGAGCUCGCAGGGCCUUUCGGCGGGACGUCUGACGCAGGACGUCCGGCCGCUUUCGGCGUCUCAGCCUUCCUUGCCAAACCGGCUCGCCCAACCCUCGGACACAGGGUCCUCCCAGCAGGCGCAGAAAUCAUCCAGGAGCGUCACGUACCGUUCCUCCCCAUCGGUUCCCGGUCUGCUAGGGAAACCCAACACGGGAACCGUUGGGCAGCCUGCUUCCUCCCAGCAGGCCCCUUCAAAGUCCAGCCGGUCAGUGAGUGGGGCCACAACCCCCCAGUCACCGGCCUCCGUCCCGCGACACAGCACCUCCUCGUCCCGCAAGGGUUCUGUAGCAUUCAGUCCUGACGUCAACACUGGAAAACCGAAGUUGCCAUCUCACAUGUGAAGCCAGGGUCAAUGCAGGGCUACCAGUCCCUUCUUGGGCAGGCCUUGUGGGCUGAGCUAGAGGGGCAAGGAAAGAGACACUCAGAGGUCCGGGCCUGACAAAAUUCUGCUGGAGAGGGACUGGGAAUAGUUCCUACGCGGAGAUCCUACAAGGAGGAAACAGAAGCCGCCCGACUCAAAGUUGGCUUCUUCAGACAGCAAACUCCCUCGGGUGAAGGAGACGCCGACGUGUCCAUUAUCGGCUUCAUAACGCCAGCUUGCAAAUGUGUCGCCGCCCUUCCCCGAGGGGCCCAUCUGCCUCAAGUCGAACAGAGGACUCCUUUGCAGCCAUUUUGUGAAUCCGGGCCUAGCAGGAGAAUCCUGAAUCCUGAGCCAAGAUGAUCUCCGAUGUGUCUGUUUUCAACCGCACCGAAGCGGCCUCCCUGUUAACUUUAGCAGACACUCUGAAACGAGUGUUUUUCGCGGCGCCCUCCUGCCUUUAGGAAAUAUUUUUUAACGGCCAGAUAAUCGACGUAGUGACCUCUCUCUCCGCUCUUCUCGCCCCCACACUUCCGCAAUAUCCACCUCAAGAUGUUUUCGUGAGAGUGUGUGUAACGGUAGAAAUCCCGGUUCCGCGCCUGAGAGGGAGGGGCAUAUGGACUUCGUUUGCCUCGUCCCUAAAGCACCCUUCUGCCAUCUUUGUCCUCCGUAGCGGAGGGCGAAGAAA